AUGUACACAGAAAUAUUGGUCAAAGAGGUAAUUGACAGGAAACUUGUCAAUGGAAUAGGGCGCAAGAGCACAAGCAUUGACCUUGGGUGCUAUAAAAAGAGUGGGAUAGGAGAUCUGGCAACUUUGGCCCAUACUCACGAGAGCUUUCUGCAAUGCCUUGUCCUACAUUUUCACAUUCACGCCUACACUCAAAACAGCUCUUCCUAUUCAUCCAUGCUGGAGCUUUCCAUUCGGAAUGCUAUAAUUGAUCAACUAAUCGCAUUGAUGCAAGAAAGUUUUCCAGAGUUUGGAUUAGUUAAAGAAGACUGCAUUGAAAUGAGCUGGAUCCAAAGUAUCCUCUACUUUGCAGAAAUCCCACAAAGUGAAUCCUUAGAUGUCUUGCUUAACAGGACAGUUACAGCAGGCUUCUUUAAAGGAAAAUCGGACUAUGUUGCAGAACCUAUUCCUGAAAUUGCAUUAGAAGGUCUAUGGAAAUGGUUUUACGAAGAUGAAUCUGGGACGUUGCAGCUUAUCUUUAGUCCUUACGGUGGCAUAAUGGAUGAGAUUUCAGAGUCUGAGACUCCUUUCCCUCACAGGGCAGGGAAUUUAUAUAACAUUCAUUAUGGAGUAUCAUGGGAAGAAGAAGAUGCUUCAACAUCUCAGAAGCAUAUAAAUUUUAUGAGAAGGCUUUACAAGUACAUGGAACCCUACGUUUCAAAAUCUCCCAGAGCAGCUUACAUGAACUAUAGGGAUCUUGAUCUUGGAAGUAAUAACAAAGGCAACUACACAAGCUAUAGACAAGCAAGCAGAUGGGCUCUUAAAUAUUUCAAGAAUAACUUUAACAAAUUGAUUCAUGUGAAGGGUAUGGUUGAUUGGCAAAAUUUCUUUAGAUAUGAAUAA